GUUAUCAAAAUAACUUUUUACAAAAGUAUGGAUUUUUAGUAGCAUUUCAUGUCAAAGUCCUUAUUUUGAUCGCGUAUCCAAUCGUCUCAAACAAACAUAUUAUUAUUACAACUGACAGGUAUGUUUUCAACGAGAUCGAUUGAUUUUUUCAUUGCAGCGGCUGCAUUUUCAAUCAAUAAAAAGUGUGAAAAUCAUCGCCAUAUACAUAAAUCGUGAAGUGACUAUACUUUGUGAAAUAUAACUUGAAUAAAAAUAUCCAUUUGGUGACUUACAACAGUGUUUGAAGAACAACAAGUGACCAAAAGCAACAAACGAGGUGGUUUUUAAUUUUUGAAAGCUCUGAUGAACUGACAAUGAGUAGUCCCGCAUUAGAGGACAAUGACCCUCCCAGUCCGGAGCCAGUUGCCCCUUCCAGUCCGGAACCAGUUGCCCGACCCUCCAGCCAAGCUUCCGACAGACCCUGGCCUCUGUUCGAUGAUGAUGAGGAGACUUCGUUCAUACCACAACCCACCGUAAGAGAGUUCAAUGCCAUUGUAACAAGAGCUCGUCACCACUUACGACACCCUGUGGAACAGAGCGAGGACAGUAACACAGCUUCCUCAGUCAGCGAGGAGUCCAACCACUCUCUACCAGCUCUAGCGUGGAAUAACAAUGACCAAGUUGAACCGGAGGAACCACCAGCUAAAGUGAGGAAACUACACAGUCCACACGAAGAGGUUGAUGGAGAAACUUGCCCAAUUUGUUUAGAUAUAUGGGGUAACUCGGGUGCACACAGAUUAGUUGCUUUAAAGUGUGGACAUCUCUUCGGAGCUGAGUGCGUAGAGAGAUGGCUCAAAGCACAGCCCGCUAAGGACAAAACCUGCCCAACAUGCAAAAGUAAAGCGUCGCUCAAGGACCUAAGGUUCAUUUACGCAAGGAAACUCAUAGCCGCCGACACAACACAGAUCACCAGCUUGCAGAAACAGGUGGAUAUACUCCAAACUGAGAAGAGCAGGACAGAGUUGGAACUGCAGAAGACUAAAAUAGCCCAUCGCGCCUGUGCAGCAGAAUUAGAGACUUUGAAGAACUCUUUACUAAAGUCUCAAAGUAUGAAAGAACUUAUUAGUAAACGCACUUGGCGAUAUGCUCUUGAAAAGAACUUGGAGGUAUGCAAGGACGGCGGCUGUAGAGUUCUUACGUAUAACUGUCGGACUUACGAGCUGUACGUGUCACAGAAGAGUAUCAACUACCUGUUCCCUGGGUAUGGAAUCAGGAAGGUCAAUUGCCUGGAUUAUUCUUUAGGGCAAUUUGUGCACUUGCACCCUAAACCUAUUAGAGAUAUGACGUAUUCUCAGCCGAGAGACUUACUUCUCAGCGUAGGCUUGGAUAGUACUGCGCGGAUUGUUGACAGAGGCAUUCCUAGUGCGACGGUAAACACAGGAUUCCCAUUAUGGUCGUGUGCGUGGGACUGCUCAAACACAAGCGAGUUCUACGUGGGCGGUGUGGGCGGGAUAGUCAACUUGUACGACUUCAGAAACAUGUCGUCCUGUCUAGGCACCAUAGCGUCUAAUAAGGAUAUGUCACCCGUAGUGUCUCUAUGUUCUACUCCAUACGGCCUAUUAUCGUGCCAAUUAAACAAGUGUUGGCUCUGUAUACCACGAGACGGGAUUUGGAAGCAAAAGGCGAUGCCUGUCGAAGGAUCGUUCAUGUCUAUGAGUUAUGAUAACGAGACGCAAAGAGCCUUAGUCUCAGUACGACCGAGCGCUUUAGGCACAGAGCGAUCCAAACUAGUCGUUUGCAAAUUUUCUGAAGGAUUAACUGAUAAAGUUAUGAUCGAUGUGGAGGAGACGUUUAGUGGGUCUGCUAGAGCGUCUUUAAUGUCAAGGUCUACUUUCUGUAAGGCUCCCGGAGCUUCUUGGGUAGCAGCGCACUCCGAGAGCGAAUCAGCACUGUUUUUGCAUGGACUAGAUGGAGCCAGAACCAUGUCGCUCCCAGCUGCAGAACCAGCACUAGACGUAUGCUCAUUAUAUCUGAAUGGAAACAGUAUACUAGCAGCUUUAUCAGAAUCCCGGUUAAGAAUGUACAGAGCUGUCCAGACCAGUGUCUAAAGACUGAUGAGUGAAACUUUGAUUUUAGAGCUUUGUGUAUCUAUGGUAUUGACGCUGGACGUAGAAUAGUGAUUGAGUAUAUGUUACCAUUGCAGUUUUGUUAUUAUUGCUGAGUGCUGUGAGUUAUUUUUAUGUAAACGCGGUUUAACCCCCUUAUUGAUUAGUUAACUUGUGGUUGGCCAAUUGGGUAAUAAAAUAUUUCGACUGUUCAAUACAAUGGAAUAUUAAAAAAUAAUCACACUUCCAUUAAUUGGUUU